AAGUUUUAUGCUUUCAAGGAAAAGCUUUACUCUCACACUUCAAUUCUCUACUUUGACUUGCAUAUGACUCGCUCUCACUUACUCUCUAUGCUUUGUUUUGCUCUGCUGGAUCUCCAGUAUAACACAACUGCGGAGUUUUAUAUAUAUAUAUAUAUAUAUAUAUAUGGGCACAGAGUUCUAGGCAUGUCAUACUAAACAUGGAAGCUUUCCAAAUAUUUAUACAGAUUAAACUUUUAAUCAAUUUUAAUUUUCCUUCCCCAUUAAAGAUAUAUAUUUUUCUUUCCACAUUUAAGCUUUCCAAAUAUUUUUGAGACUGAUUUAGAUAACCAAAGUUUUUCAAUGCUGAGAAAUUAGCAUUUGCUUUCCUAGAAAACAUUAAGAAAAGUUAGAAGAUGGUGAAUAUUGUAUCAAAGUUUUGUCUUUAUAUUUUAAUUCUGUUUUCUCGAUUGGAUUAUUUACAUUUUUUUAUUGAUUGGCCAUCAUAUUCCUUAGGCAUGAGCUUUCUUUAAUGGCCGCUAUUAUAUUUUAUAGUAUUAUAUUGUAUAUAUGUAUAUGAAAACAGCGCAAGUUCAGUUAAGUCAGUUUGCCCCAGUUCCCCAAACUUUUUCUUUUUUCUUUAAAAAGUAGUUUAAAGCCAUGAGCUGGUCCAUACACAGUCACAGACCAGAUCUUGGAAACUGCAGCAUUACCAUGAUUCUUCCCACACAACCUCAAAUUGCCUCUUCUUUCCUCUUCUUUUUAUACUCGUAACUCUCACACCUCUUUUUGUUCUUGCUUUUCUUUGCUUUCGAAGUAAAUUAUGAGGAAGCAGGUAUGUUAUUCUUUGCAUUUGAAUUACAUUUCAAAUUUUUUUCUGCUAACUAGAUGAUGCAAGAAGAUUGAGAAUGAGAGUAUAGGUUCUAUCAACGUAUGAUUCCUAAUCUCUGCCUUGUAUGUGCUUUACUUAUUGGCUGAAAGAGAGCUUGUAUGCAAAAGAUGGGUAAUUCAGUUUGGAUUUAUAGAAUUUGCGUUCUUUAUGCUUUCUGUGCACCAAGCAUUGUGUUUGCUUCUUUUACUUCUCAAGACAGUUUCUUCAUUGAUUGUGGGGGAAACAAGGUACUGGAACUCGAUGAUGGUCGAGUUUUUAAGCCUGACUCUGGGAAUUCAAUUGUGGGUUUAUCACCAAAUUCCCUCAUUGUGAUUUCAGACCCCCAAAUGACCAUUUCAGAUGAUGAUUCAGCUUUCUAUAAUUCUGCCAGAGUUUUCAAAGAAAAAUCUGCUUAUACUAUUAGCACUAAGCAGAUUGGUCGCCACUUGCUGAGAUUGCAUUUUUACCCCUUUGAGAAUCCACAUUAUGAUUUGAAAUCUGCAGUCUUUUCGGUGUUGGCUAAUGGAGUUACACUCAUGUAUAGGUUUUCCUUCUCAAACUCGAGAAGACUCACACCUUUUUUCAAGGAAUAUGCAGUUGAUUUGAGUGGAACAAGCUCGAAAAGAUUGUCACUAGCAUUGUCUCCUUCCAAUGGUUCAAUUGCAUUUAUCAAUGGGAUAGAGGUUGUUUCUUUGCCCAACAAGCAAUUCCCUUCCACAGCAAUGCCUGUUCCACUUGGACCUGAAGUUGAAAUUCCUCCACAUUUAGCUUUGGAAACAGCAUAUAGAGUAAACAUGGGAGGUCCACUUCUAACCCCAAAGAACGAUCCAUUAUGGAGGACUUGGGAACCAGAUUUUCCUUUCCUUCUAAAUCCUGCUUCUGCCCGGAAUGUUAGUGAAAAUCCCAGUUUGAUCAAAUACCCUGAUGGAGUUUCAGUUGAAAUUGCACCAAAUUGGGUUUACUCUACAGCUCAAGAAAUGGCGGAUGCGAAUGUUAGUGAUCAGAGGUUCAACAUUUCAUGGGAAUUUGCUGUUGAACAUGGCUUCACCUAUCUUAUCAGGAUGCAUUUUUGUGAUAUUGUUAGCAUAGCUCUUGAUAGAUUGGUUUUCAAUGUGUAUAUCAACAGACAAUCUGCUCUGGACUUUUUUGAUCUGUCUAGCAAAACAAUGGAAUUAUCAGCAGCCUAUUUCGUUGACAUUGUGGCAAAUCUUUCAACGGGUUCAGAUCGAAUUCUGGUUCAAGUUGGUCCUCCUGCUUCAAGAAAUCUCCCUUCCAAUGCAAUCUUGAAUGGUUUGGAGUUUUUUAAAAUGAGCAAUCCCCACGAAAGCCUUGAUGGGAACCUUCCAGCAGCUGGUAUUGAUUCCAAGAUGCCAGACAAGAAAAACUGGUUGGUGAUUGCAAUUUCUUCUGCAUCUGCAGGUUUUGCUCUUUUCAUGCUCAUAUCAGUAGCUUUAUUCUUGUACCUGCGAAAAACAUGUCCCAAGAAGCCAAAGCACCAGUGCUUAUCCUGGAUACCAGUUCCUACUACUCAAGUCAGAAAUUUGGAUUCAAAAGUUUCAAUUGGUAGUUCCACUUCAACAGCACAUUCUCUUGGUUUAAACCGGGUUCUAGCAUUCUCAGAGAUUCGUGAAGCAACUAAAAACUUCGAUGAGAGCUUGGUUCUUGGUGUUGGAGGAUUUGGAAGAGUAUACAGAGGAGUGCUGGAAAAUGGGACUUUGGUUGCAGUAAAGCGCGGAAAUCCAAAGUCCCAGCAGGGACUUACUGAAUUCAGGACAGAAAUAGAGAUGCUUUCCAAGCUAAGGCAUAGACACUUGGUUUCCCUUAUUGGCUACUGUGAGGAAUUCAAUGAGAGAAUCCUUGUCUAUGAGUUCAUGGCUGGAGGUCCUCUAAGGAAGCACCUGUAUGGCUCAAAUCUCAAACCACUUAGUUGGAAGCAACGCCUAGAAAUUUGCAUUGGAGCUGCAAAAGGAUUGCACUACCUUCACACUGGAGCAGCAGACAGUAUCAUCCACCGUGAUGUCAAAACAACAAAUAUACUUCUUGAUGAAAAUCUAACGGCAAAAGUGGCUGAUUUCGGGCUUUCCAAGUUAGGUCCUACUCUGGAUCAAACUCAUGUAAGCACUGCAGUGAAGGGAAGCUUUGGUUAUCUUGAUCCAGAGUACUAUCGUAGACAGCAACUCACGGAGAAAUCAGAUGUCUAUUCUUUUGGAGUAGUUUUAAUGGAAGUCAUAUGUGCUCGGCCUGCUAUAAACCCUGCCCUGCCAAGAGAACAGGUGAAUAUAGCAGAGUGGUCUAUGAACUGGCAAAAGAAAAGAAAAUUGGAGAAGAUAAUAGAUCCCCAUCUUAUAGGAUCUAUAAACCUUGAAUCUCUAAGAAAAUUUGGUGAAACAGCAGAGAAGUGUUUGGCUGAGCAUGGAAGUGAGAGGCCAACAAUGGGAGAUGUUUUGUGGAAUUUGGAGUAUGCUUUUCAACUUCAGGAGGCUUCUAUACAAACUUUGUCAGCUGAGAACAGUGCUAAUUACAUUCCAGAUAUUCCAGAAUGGCUCCCUCAGAUUGAAUCUACUAAUGGUGAUGGUGCCAAUACAACGAGUGACCGAGAAUUUGAUACAGCAUCAAGUAUGGUAUUUUCUCAGUUGAUGAAUCCAAAAGGAAGAUAAGUACUGAAAAAGGUUUAGCCUUCAUCAUACAUUCACAUGGCAAUGUUUUUUUCUAAUUACGAAGUUGUUGAUCAUGAUAUUCACUAGGAAUUCUACAAAAAAGAAAAGAAAAGAAAACUAGUUUCGACCAACAUAGUUUUUAACAGAUUAUGCAGUCAAAUCCUCAUUGUAUCAUGGAAAGAAGAAAUGCAAAGGAAAUAUGAAGAUAAUAUCAGUAUUUUUCUGUGACAUGGUUUGUUUUUUUUUUUUUUUUCACAGGAGCAUUAUAUCGUUUGUAGUUUUAACUGGUGUGAUAAACAUUAUAUCUCAUUUCUUGGCAGAAUCUUUUUG